CAAACAAACGCGGUCCCAGCGCCCGCCCGGGACACGACGGCACCCGGGUUCGCUCCCCGCCCCGCCGGUCCCUCCGGGCCGGGGCAUGGCCGCUCAGCCCCAGCAUCGCCCGCAGCCGCGGAGCUGCCGCUGGCAGCGCCCUCGGGGCGCGGAGCGGGGCCCGUUCCCGGCGAAGCCCCCGGUCGAUGCCCUCCGCCUCCCUGAUGCAAAUGCGUUUAUGCAAAGUCCCCGCCGGUUAAUUUGGAGAGAAUUUCUCACCGGCUUCCCAAGGCUUCGGCUUAACCGGGAUUCACUUUUAAGAGGGAGAAAGAAGAAAAGAAAAUUAAAAAAAAAAAAGAAGGGGAGAAAAAGAGAUGCAACUAUGAGAAAUAAGAGUCAAGUCGCAGGCAAAUAUGGAGCAACUCUGGAGAGGUGGAUCAUCUCCUCCCUUCCCCACGGAUCCCGCUUCCCUCGGCCCGGGAUGCGCUCGGGAAACCCGAGGGGAAGGCGCCGCGGAGGGGCCCCUCGGGACGGCUUGGUCCAGGGGGAGCCCCUGGCGAAGCGGGCCCGCCCCGCAGCAGAAUCGAAGGGGCCCCCGCGGUCCCUCGGACCCCCCUCGCCCGUUCCCCAAACGUUUCUUGGCCGCGUUUGCCCCUCGGGCGCUUCCCUCCCGCAGCGGCGGGGCAGCCUGUGCGGGGCCGGCGCUCGGCCCUCGGGCAGAUGCGUUUGGAACAACGAAUGGCUCAAAGCCGAUUGGAUUUUCCUGAAUAAGGCGAGUCAGUUUUUGCUUUCUUUAUCCUCUCAUAGUCUCCCCCAACCCCUCGUACGAAAAUGACCUGAAAUAAAUUCAUCCUUAAAUCCCAGCCGGCUGCAGGAAGGCUGUACGAGGUUUUUGUGGGUGUUUUUUUUUUG